CGACAAUAAUAUCGGCGCCAGUUUGUUAGAAAGCUUGAAGGACGCAUUCUCGUCGUGCAACCUUCAUCCUGGGCGUGUACAACCUACUUGAAGCUCCGCCAUUUGGAGUUACUCUUCAGAGUAUUUGAGUGUUUGGUUAAAGGUGGAAAGAAAUUUUUCAUCAUAAGAGAAAAGUUUUUGAAGGAACUUGGAUAAAGUUCAUUGGGCUAGUUUUAUUGGCCAUUGGGCUGGUUUGGUUAGGCAAAUCUGGGAAUCCAGGUCAUGCAGACCGAGCAACAAUAAGAGACAAACACCUGCUACCUUAUGUUCUUCCAGAACCGACAACGCAUGGCACAGGAAAAAUAUACCUCAGUCUAACUGUCCACUCCUAUGAUGAGAGCCUACAUCUUUAAACACAAGAUCUGAACAUGAUGGACUCUGAAAACAAUAUGCAAAUGAUCAGCACCGGUGACGCUGUGAGUAAAUGGAAGGCAAUGGCACGCCCAUCUUUACCCUCCUCUUUGGACUCCACAUUGCCUGGGAUAUCUCGGGAUGUGCUGUCGGUUUCUAUGGAAUCAAAAUACCAGUGUCAGCAGUGUAAAGAGAUCCUGCGGAAACCUUAUCAAGCACAGUGUGGCCAUCGCUUCUGUGUGUUCUGUUUCAAACAACUCACCAGCACAGGGCCGAUACCCUGCGAAGCCUGCCGUUCUGAGGGUAUAUUUGAGGAGACGAUUUCUAUACUCAAUAUAACAGUGGCAUUUCCUGAUAACGCAGCGCGCAGAGAAAUUGAUAGCUUGCCUGCUAAAUGUAAUAAUGAAGGCUGUAGUUGGACUGGAUCACUGAAAGACUAUGAGAGUCAACAUGAAGGUCGCUGUGACUUUGAGCGUGUCAAAUGUGAAGCAUGUCAGGCACUCAUCUUGCUCAGUGAGAAAGACCGUCAUAAUGAACGCGAGUGUGAGGCCAGAACGCUCAAUUGCAAAUAUUGCAAAGUCACAUUUAACUUCAAAGAAAUUAAGGCACACGAUGAAAUAUGUCAGAAGUUUCCCAUGCAGUGCAAAGAAUGCGGCAAAAAGAAAAUCCCCAGAGAAAAGUUUCAAGAGCAUACAAAAUCUUGUGCAAAGUCCAAGUCAGCGUGUCAGUUCAGUGAGAUCGGGUGCAGGGCAGUGGUGGACAAUGGUAAGCUGCAGGAACAUGAGCAGACAAGUGUCAUGGAGCACCUACGUCUCAUGUUGGGGGUUUUGUCCUCCGUGAGGUUGCGUGCUGAGGGAGGUGGAGAGUGGCAGGAGGAUUCCGGGUUGGGAUUGUAUCGCGGACCUGAAGAUGCACUUCCGGCGGGAGCCCAAGCCACAGCGCAUAAUGCAGGAAGAGGAGGCAGCCCUGGUGUGCAGCAGAAAGUGACGGCAUUGGAAAACAUAGUGUGCGUGCUGAAUCGAGAGGUGGAGCGCACGGCCCUCACCCUGGAAGCGCUGUCACGCCAACAUCGACUGGACCAGGACAAAAUUGAGAACUUGUCGAACAAGGUGAGACAGCUGGAACGUACUUUAACCAUGCGAGACCUGCAGUUAGCAGAAUCAGAGCAGUCUUUGCGGGAGCUGCAGUUUUGCACAUACGAUGGAGUUUUCAUAUGGAAAAUAGCAGACUUCUCUCGCCGCAGACAAGAUGCAGUGGGUGGCCGAGCACCUGCUAUGUUCUCACCUGCUUUCUACUCCAGUAAAUAUGGGUAUAAGAUGUGUCUGAGACUUUAUCUUAAUGGUGAUGGCACAGGCAGAGGUACACACCUCUCCCUCUUCUUUGUGGUCAUGAGGGGCAAAUAUGAUGCACUCCUAAAGUGGCCCUUCAGCCAAAAGGUGACAUUAAUGCUUUUGGAUCAAAACAAUAGAGAGCACAUCAUUGAUGCCUUUAGACCUGACGUGAGUUCCACUUCUUUUCAGAGGCCCAUCAGCGAGAUGAAUAUAGCUAGUGGGUGCCCUCUUUUCUGCCCCCUUGCUAAGCUAGCGGGUAAAAGCUCCUAUCUGAGAGAUGAUACAAUAUUUAUUAAAGCCAUAGUGGAUCUAACUGGCUUGUAAAUUAUUAUAAUAAUCCAAUAUUAAGAAUAAUAAUAUCACGAAUGAUCAUUAUCUAAUAAUAACAUAGCUGCGGAAGCCUAAUAUGUUAAAUAUAUGAAAUAUAAAAAUAUAUUAUAAAUGGUGUAUACUAUAAUUAUCAUAUUUACACAAAAACUGAUUCCUUUCUAUAAGAAUAAUAAUUAUACUUUUUUAUAUUAUAUAUAUUAUAUUAAAUCUAUACUGAACAUUAUAUUAUAUAUUGAACAUUAUUAUUGUCAUUGUAAGUUAGUUUAGUUAAGCAUUCGAUUAUGCUUAUACUAUGCUUUUAUAAACUGAAUACUUGACGCCUACAAAGGAACUGAAUUGCCUUUAAAGACUCUUGUGCAAAUUAUAAAUGAUUAAUCAAUAACUGAUAACAAUUCUACUAGCUAAUAACAAACCAGCAGCUAUCCCAGAAAACCAACAUAUGUACAUCUUGAUUAAUCAACGAUUUUAUCCAUUGCUUGACCGCUCCACCUGUGAAUAUCAUAUUAGUAUGGCUUUGACUUCUUUUUAUCUGGGCUUGAACAUUAAAUGCCUACACGAUUUAAAUAGGAUGUAGAAAUUUGAUCUCCUUCAAACCCUUAUAAAAAGAACAUAGCGUAAUGAUUUUCUAUUAUAACAUUAUAUAAGUGAUGGGGUUAUAAUGGAUAAAUUCUGCUUUGUUAAAAAAUAAAAAAUACUUUUUGAUCAAAUGGAUUAUUGGACCUAUGAACAGUGUCAAAUAGAAUAAACACACAAAGUAGAUUUGACCCACAGAAAAAUGUUAGUAAAUAAAUUUUGCUUGGAAAAAACCUUGACUUUUCCAUCAUAUGGAUUAUUGGACACGUGAACAAAAAUAAAAUUGAAAAAUUAAACUAACAGUAGAAUUGACCCACAGAAAAUUAUUAAUUGAAUUAAUAAAGAAAGAAAGAAAUGUCCAAAUUUGUCUGUAAAUUAGACAUUAAUUAAUUAAUUUAGUUUCUAGUCAUUUUAUGCUUGAAUCUAAUAGUAAUAGUACAAUAUUUAAAAUCUUUGUUAGUGAAAACAAUCAAAAUCAUAAUAGUUUAAUAGUAGGGGUGGGCGAUAAACCGGUAGAUAUGAUUAACCGGUAGAAAUUUGGUAGAGAUUUUGGACUUUGAGGUUACACAUCCACGUAACAUUGCUGUGCGCGUGGUCAUGAAAACGUAACGUCUGUACGCGUAUUUAAGCAUCACAGUUUAAAAACAAGUGCUUUUGAGCCAUUAAAAAAACACACACACAACAGAUCUAUAUGUGCGAGCUGUUUCUGUGUGAGAGGAGCGUUUGUAAGCAUUUUUGCCGCUUUAUUGGCCUUAAAUACGUAUAUGCGACAAAACUCCCGUCUUUGCAAGUAUCCCCAUAAACAAAACCAUUUAGGGCUUAAGAGAAAGUAAACCGCUGAAAGAGAAAACGAAUGUGUAACAGUAUAUUGGAUUCGGACUUUGGUCUUAAAGGGGAAGUUACUGAAUUUUGCUCCUGUCUGUCACUUAUGUUAAUCAAACAGCAUUGAGAGAAAACCUCCGACUAAAUAAUUUUUCUACCUUUUAAUAAGAUAUAUAAUGCACAUAAUUCUUUCAUCACUGACUCUUUAUCUUCACUGAGCUUGAGUUUAGUUUAUUUUAAAAACCUUAUAUAAAAAACCUCUACCGUGAUACAUACCGUUAGCUUGAUAUAAAAUGAACUGGUAACACUUUACAAUAAGGUUCAUUAGUUAACAUUAGUUAAUGUAUUAACUAACAUGAACAAACCAUGAGCAAUCCAUAUGUUACAGUAUUCAUUUAUCUUUAAUGUUAGUUAAAGGUUAUCUAAGCGAAUCUGUGUGUUGAAAUUUGAAAUGUGUUUUCAAACAAACUGAGCGUAGAUAACUCCUCCCCCUCCCUUCCGUGCUUUCAUGAACGCGCCCAAACCCAACCCCCAAAUCCUUCUUGGCGUUUAUUGGCUGGAACACUUUAUUUUGGUUUCUGGUGUAGGUUUGGCCAGUUUGUUAUUAUUGCAGUUUGUGGAGGCUGGGCUGUCUACAGAGAUCGCGUUUUUUUACAGUUUGAUCAGCGGACAGGAAGCAAACAGAUAGUAAGGAGAUGUUUGCUGUAUGUAACAAAAAAUGUUUUAUGGUCUAAAACGCGUGAAUUCGCUUAGAGAACCUUUAACAGAAAUAAAGCUUUUAAUUGUUUGUUCAUGUUAGUUCACAGUGCAUUAAAUAACGGUAACAAAAUUUUAAUGAAGUACUAUAAUUGUUGAAAUUAACAUUAAUAAAGAUGAAUAAAAGCUGUUUAAGUGCAGUUCAUUAUUAGUUCAUGUUAACUAAUGUAGUUAACUAAUGUUAACUAAUAAACCUUAUUGUAAAGCGUUACCAAUGAAUCAUACAGCGAUAUAAAUGUUGGUCAUCUCACCACACCUAUUUAAUAGAUUGAGUUCUUGAUAAAUUAUUGACUUGUGUUAACAGAUAACCUUUUUGAAUUACAAAUUAAUUAACAAAUGUUGACAUUAAUAUUUUAGUAUCAGUAAUAAAUGCUGUGGUAGUGUUUCACUAUUGUUAGGUUAAGUGUGUUUAUGAUUAGGUUAUGUUAACUAAUUUUAACAAGUUGUGCCGUAAUGUGACGUAGAGUUAUUGCAUGUGUGGUUUAGGUUUUAGUUACCGGUAGUUACAGAUUAUCAUUAGAUUAGAUUUAAUAAACUUUAAAGUAUUUCUUGAUAUUUUUUGAGUGUAAGUAAAUGUAUACCAUAUUUCUGCAAACUACUUGUCUCUGAAUAGAUCAUAACAAUGCAUGUCAUACUAUAAAAUCUUUGGCAGUGUAUUGUAAAGUUAACAUUGUUAAAAUUUACUUAUAUUAAUCAUGUGCUUUGUUUGAAUUCUGAGCUAAACUUUGAUUAAAAUGCAAAAUUAAAUUAACGUGAAUAAAUAUCUGACUCUAAAAA